AUGAAAUAGACUCUUUUCCUGUCCUUAAGUGGACUUGGAUUAAUCUAAUGCUAGGAUUAGCUUGAUAAUAAUUAAAUCUUGGAAUAGUUUAUUACUACCUUCACUGAUUUUGCAAAUUCUCUAAAUGGUACAGCUACUCCAUACUAAGCAGCUUAGAAAAUUAUUCCUGCUCUCAUUAAUUACUAAGAAUACGCAGUCGAUAUAGCUUUGGUAAAUUAAAUUAGAGAACUUAACAUUAACAAAACUCUUAUUGAUUCUGUGCUAGAAGCAAUUAGCAAUGCUGACUCAAGAAGCUUUGGUCUGAUAGAUUAGCAAAUAUCAAGCUUAUUUUACAAUCUUGACAAUCCUGUAUGCUACACAUAUUUUUCAGAAGGCAUUGCUGAGAUUUACUCUGGUUACGCAAAGUAUAAGAAAUUUUUGAAUAAUGAAGAUCAACAAGCAACUGAAUUUUAACAGUUUUGUACUUCAGAGCCCAACUACUCUAACUUCCUUGAUGAUUUAAUUGGCUUAGUAGAAGGAACAGGAGAGUGUGAUUUAUUAGGAGCUUUUUAUAAUGGGGAUCCCCAAAGUAACUUCUAUGCAGGUUGGAGGGAUGCUCUGGCUGAUAGAGCAGGGUACUUAAUUAUGUAUAUUUCAAUGGGAGUGGCAUAGUAGACAGGCUGUAAUUCCUAUAACUCAAGUUUAGAUCAAGACUAAAUUGAUUUUAACAAUUAGUACUAUAUAGAUGCAUUAGUUAGAGUUAUUCAAAGAGUAAUUGAAUUCGAUAUACAAGCCCAAUAGUCUGUUGCAUUUACCAUGACCUAAAAUCUGGUACAAUUAAUGUCAGAUAAUCCAGGGCUAAGUCUCGAAGUCUUCAGCGAGAAUUUUAAUGGAUAUGCAUUAAAUGUGAUUUACAGUGAGUUAUUGGUAACUCUAGGAGUGACUUAUAUUUCUAGUGAAGAGGGUGAUUUUUAUUCUGAAUGUUGGAAUUGUAUAAAUGCUAGUACAGGUGAUUAUAGUGGUAUCGCAGCAUGGUUAAGCAAUAGUUCGACAUCAUCUCUAUCAAGUGAUUUAGAUCUACAAUAGUAUGUGACAGAGUCAAGUACUCCUCAAGAUAUUGCAACUGCUAUUUGGGAGAAUGUAGGUGAUUGUAUAAGUGGAAUUUGGAUCUUCAAUUCAUCAACUCCUCACUCAGUUGAUUCUGCAUUUGGAGAUAGAAUGAUAAAUUCCAAGGGUGAAGUCUAUGACAUUUAUGUUUGGGGAGUCUAGGAAGAUUGUCUUGGAAGACCAGCCCCUGUAGAAUAAUGA